AUGGAGACCGCCGAGGCGGACAUGCGCAUCCUGUCCGGCAAGCUCGGCGCGGCGCCCAAGGGGCAGUGCAUCCUUCCCCUGGUCGGCUACAGGCACGACGAGGGAAGGAAGGAAGGCGCCAGUUCCAGCUCGUGUUCGGGGUCCCCGGCCGGCGAGAGCACCUUCCGGAACGCUCGAGGACCUCUACCCGCCACGAUCCGGGGCGGGCCGUCGCCUGAACCAGCGCCUCGCGCUGUUUGCUGCGAGCUCGCCAAGGCCCAAGCUCGCGCUGUUCCCUCUCCGGCUGGCAGGACGCCCGCACCGUCGACAACCGGGCCUCGGCGCGGCGAGGCGAGAACCUCCUCGAGCGGGCCGUCUACCAGCAUCCGCAGCGACAGCAGCGGCACGCCGAGACCAGACUACUGCAUGGGCCACGACAUCUACAGCCUAGGCGUGUGCAUGCUGGAGCUCCUCACCUGGAGCCCCGCUCCGUACCGGGAGGCUUUCAUGCGCAGCAGCGGCGGCAGCGGCGGCGGCGGCGGCGGCAGCGGCGGCCAGGAUGCUGUCACGGAAUGGCAGCUAUGGCAGGAUCCCACCGUUGUCAUGCGCACAAUCAUGCACAUGAAUCGGGUGCUGGUGCCCGUGGCCGCGGGAGACCGCAUGAAGGAGGUCAUUGAAAUGUGCCUCACCUGCGUGGACAACGCCGCUAAUUGGGGAGCCGUACAUGACGGCCGAGGGUAG